GCCUCAUUUUCUUAAUCUACCACCUCUUGUUAGUUAUCCUUGUUUAUGUGAAUCUUCUUCCUCCAUCACCAUCACAACGUUGUAAAAUGGGACGUGAAGAAAUAAAGGCGUAUCUCAUGGCGAGACCAUCAGAAUGGUAUUUAGAAGAAAGGAAACGUAAAGAUAUUAAAGGGCAUAAAGGGAGAACUGAUAGGUACUACUGGAAUCAUUUGGAGAAAACAUUUUUUCGAUCUUUGAAGGAAGUUGAAAGGUACAUCGAAACAGGUGUGGUGCCGAAACCUCCGCCAAAGAUUAAGAAGCCAAGACUUGAAGCCAACAAUCUGAUGCAAGGCUUUUCAGCAGAUAAAAGUAAGGGGAAAUCUGGCCAAUCUCUCACUGCUUCCUCCUCUAUAUCCAGCGAACAGCUGCUCCUUAUGGCACCCAUUGCAGUCAAACGUAGAUACUUCUUAACACUCGUUCUUCAAGAAUAAAAGAUUUAUUCUCUCUCUCUCUCUCACACACACAUUUUGUUUUUAGCUUGGACUUUAGCAGCAGGUGAGAAGAGAAAAAGAAUUCCAUCUGCUUACAAUCUUUUUCUGAAGUAAGGAGAAAAAGUCCAUAUUCUUUAAUCUAUACUAUCACUCCACGCACAAAUUCCCCCGGAAUGAAAAGAUAAUUUCUGUUGUUAGUUUUGUUCCAUAUUCUCUUAUAAAUGUGAUCCGAUUAUGUAAAUUGGUUUCCAUUGGAAGGGAGGAAAUACAACGCGU